UUCAGUGUUCUAUUGUGGCUGCAGUGAACCUGGUGGUGUGUGUGUGUUUAUCCCUGAGUGCUGGCUGCUUUUAGAGAUGAUGAAGGGAUGCCUGCUUGCUCUGCUCCUCGCUGGGUUUUCGGAGUCGGUGUGGUCCAGGGGCUGCUCUUCGUUCUUCUGCAGAAAAUCUCUCCAUGUGAGUGGAGGAUCUGAUGGACCGGACCCUGGAGCACCACUUUUCCUCAGUCCGUACCUGGAACAAGGCAAGAUAGAGGAAGCUAGAAAGCUGAGCUUGGUGGGCCCUCUGCCUGGUGCUAAUGUAAAGAGUUACUCUGGCUAUCUCACGGUCAACAAAAGCUACAACAGUAACCUCUUCUUCUGGUUCUUUCCUGCACAGAUAAAACCAGAGAGUGCUCCAGUGCUGCUGUGGCUGCAGGGAGGCCCUGGAGGCACGUCCAUGUUUGGCCUUUUUGUGGAACAUGGGCCUUACUUUGUCUACAAGAAUCUCACAUUGGGCUACAGGGACUUCCCCUGGACUUCCAGAUACUCAGUUCUGUAUAUUGACAAUCCGGUGGGUACUGGAUGGAGUUUCACUGAUAAUGAUGCCGGCUUUGCCAAAAACCAGGAUGAUGUUGGCAGAGAUCUCUAUAAUGCACUGGUUCAGUUUUUCCAGCUUUUUAGUGAGUUUCAGCCCAAUGAGUUCUAUGCCACAGGAGAGUCCUAUGCAGGAAAGUAUGUUCCAGCGAUUGGUUACUACAUCCACAAGAAUAAUCCCUCUGCCAAAGUGAAGAUCAACUUCAAGGGCGUGGCUAUUGGAGAUGGUCUGUGUGAUCCUGAGAUAAUGUUGGGAGGUUAUGCAGAUUUCCUAUACCAGACCAGCAUGGUGGACGAGCUGCAGAGGCAGUAUGUGAAGCAGCAGACAGAUGCUGGCGUCAAACUCAUCCAGGAGGAGAAAUGGAUCGAAGCCUUUGAGGUGUUUGAUAGCUUACUGAACGGAGACAUUUUUCCUUAUCCAUCAUUCUUCCAGAAUGCUACUGGAUGCACAAACUACUUUAACUACAUGCAGUGUCAGGAGCCUGAAGAUCAGGAGUACUUUAGCAAGUUUGUGACGCUGUCCAAUGUGAGAAGCUCCAUCCAUGUAGGAAACCUGACUUUUCACAGUGGCUCUGAGGUGGAGAAACAUCUUCUCCAGGAUGUCAUGAAGUCCAUCAAACCCUGGCUAGGUGUCCUCAUGGAUAACUACAGGGUGCUGAUGUACAGUGGGCAGCUGGACGUGAUCGUGGCAGCUCCACUGACUGAACGCUUCCUACCCACAGUGAACUGGACUGGGGCAGAUGCGUAUAAACAAGCUGAGCGCUUCUACUGGAAGGUGCAGCCCAGUGACACGGAAAUAGCCGGAUACAUCCGGCAAGUGAAACAGUUCUACCAGGUCAUCGUUAGAGGUGGGGGACAUAUUUUGCCGUAUGACCAACCAGCAAGAUCCUUUGACAUGAUAGACAGAUUCCUGUCCACAAAAGGAUUUGCCUGAUGCUAUCCAUAUGACAUUAGGAUGUUUUUAAUCACCUGGUCUGGAUUUAUUCUUUCGGCCAUGACUAUUCAUACAUCACCACUAAAUAAAUCAGAAUACAGUGUGUGUAUACUUGACCGUUUAAUGACUCUGUAAAUUAUUAUUCCAGGGAAUGUACAGAUUGUUUUUAUGAGUCAGUUUCUGAUUAAAGUGAGAUUUUAAACAAA